UAAAAAAUCUAUCUAUCAUGGAGUAAAAUAGCAGUCAACUAUUAGAUUGUUAAUUUAAUGAAUAAAAAUUAUUUAUAUUUUAUUUGGUGUAAAUUUUAUAUCAUAAGUUAUUUAUUUUAGUUUUUAAUUGUUUUGAGUUUAAAUAAAUAAAUAAAUCAACAUGGAUACAAAACCGAAAAAUGAGCAUCUUUUAGCACUAAAAGUGAUGAGGUUGACGAGACCAACAAUGGCAACACCAGUGAUUGUAACAUGUGAUUCAACAGAUUUACCUGGAAAUACAUUGAAUAAUGAAUUAAAAAAUGAUUGUACUGCAUUGCAAGGCAUGGAAAGUCUUGCUGUCGGACAAUUCAUGGUAUUACCUCAAAGUUUUGGCAAUAUUUAUCUUGGAGAAAUAUUUUCUUGUUAUCUGUGUGUACAUAAUGGUAGUAAUCAACUUGUUAAACAUAUUAAUGUUAAGGCGGAUUUGCAAACAAGCACACAAACUAUUCAAUUAUCCAAUAAAAAUGUAAAUAUUGAAGAACUAGCGCCAGAUAAUACUAUCGAUGAAGUAAUUCACCACGAAGUUAAAGAAAUAGGAACACAUAUAUUAGUAUGCGAAGUAAGUUAUGUUUCAACAGUCGUAGGAUCAGCACCUCAAUCAUUUAGAAAAUUUUUUAAAUUUCAAGUCGUCAAACCUCUUGACGUAAAAACUAAAUUUUUUAAUACCGAGUGUGAUGAAGUUUACGUAGAAGCACAAAUUCAAAAUUUAACUGCAGGCCCAAUAUGUCUAGAAAAAGUAUCUUUGGAGUCAUCUCAUUUGUUUACAGUGUCGUCUCUCAAUACAAAUGAGAAUGGAGAUUCAGUUUAUGGUAAAGUAAAUAUAUUAGAUCCGAAUUGCUGUCGGCAAUAUCUCUAUUAUCUAAAACCUCAGCCAAGUUUGAUGAAAGAUCCAAAAUUAAUACACAACGCUACUAAUAUCGGUAAACUUGAUAUAAUUUGGAGAAGCAAUAUGGGCGAAAGAGGACGAUUGCAAACUAGUCAGCUUACAAGAUUGGCUUCUGAUCACGGAGAUUUGAAAGUUACGACCAAAGAAAUCCCUAUGACAGUUUUAUUAGAAAAUGUGAUAGAUUUUAAAUGCCAUAUCGUAAAUACAUCAGAACGAAACAUGGAUUUAUUAUUGAGUUUAGAAUCAAAUAGUUCGCUGGCUUGGUGUGGGAUUUCUGAUAUUACGAUAGGCAGUUUAAAGUCAGGUGCUUUUAUUGAUGUUCCUCUACGUUUAAUACCUUUGGAAAGUGGUUUAAUUACUGUUUCGGGAUUAAAACUAAUGGAUACUUUCUUGAAGAGAGUUUACGAUUAUGAACACCUUGCACAAAUAUUUGUCUCACAAGUGGAUUAAAAAAAUCUGUAUAGUAGAUACAUAAAAAUAUAUUUUUUAUAUUGUCUAAGCUAGCUUAGAAUACAGCUAAACUAAUUAAUUCAAACUUUUAAUGAAUUAUGAUUUAUAUUACGUCGCAGACGUCUGGAGUAAGCAUCAGAUUUAAGAAUCUAAAAAAAGAAAUAUAAUUUUAACUACCAAAGCUAAUAUUUUUGUUGUAGUUAAAUAUUUUUAUUAGCUUUUUAAUGAAACGUAUUGGAAUUAGAGUUUUAAAUAAAUUUUACAGUGAGGAAUUGAAAA